CGAUCCAACUCUUCUGCCUUGGUUAGCUGCUGCUGUGCUUGUAACUGGCUAGCGUUAGCUACUAAGCUCCUGCUUAUCGUGUUUUUUGUUUGUUUUUGUGUGACGAUUUUGGAGGGACUAUAUUGUAUUUUCUACCUGGGAAUCAUACAAGACCUCGGAUAUAAUACGAAGAUUUUGUCCAUUUGGAUCGUGGAGUUCGCUGGUCUUGACUGCGUAUCAAACAGCAGGUGUUUAAGAUGCCGCAGUGAGUGUGGAGCUGAAUCCUAGCUGAAGCCUCAGCAUGUCUGUCCUGCUGACGGUGGUGGUGGGUGUGGUGGGGUGGGGGGCCGUGGUCCAGGGGGCUCUGUGUCCCGGAAGGGGCCUGGCUGACUGCCCUGCCCAGCAGAGCAACGCCUCCGGUGGGGGUAAGACCUCCAGGGACUACUGCUACACCGCCCGUAUCCGAUCCACCGUGCUCCAGGGCCUGCCCUUCGGAGGGGUGCCCACCGUCCUCGCACUCGACUUCAUGUGCUUCCUGGUACUCCUGUUUGUGUUCUCCAUCUUGAGAAAGGUAGCGUGGGACUACGGCCGCUUGGCGUUGGUGACCGACGCAGACAGACAGAAUCAGCGAUACAGCCGUCUGGAUGAACAGAAACAUGUGGCGUCUGCCAUGACGUCGGAGCUACCCGAUCGCUACGAACGCCUGACCUCUGUCUCCAGCUCAGUGGACUUUGAGCAGAGGGACACUGGCUUCUGCUCCUGGUUAACCGCCAUCUUCCGCAUUAAGGAUGAGGAGAUCAGGGAAAAGUGUGGGGAGGAUGCAGUACACUACCUCUCCUUCCAGAGGCACAUCAUUGGUCUGCUGGUGGUGGUGGGCGUGCUCUCAGUGGCCAUUGUCCUGCCCGUCAACUUCUCAGGAAAUCUAUUGGAAAACAAUGCCUACAGUUUUGGGCGUACCACUAUAGCCAAUCUGGAUGCCAAUAACAUGCUGCUGUGGCUCCACACCACCUUUGCGUUCCUCUACCUGUUGCUGACCGUGUACAGCAUGAGACGGCACACCUCCAAGAUGCACUACAGAGAGGACGAUCUGGUGAAGCGCACUUUAUUUGUCAACGGGAUCUCCAAGUAUGCAGAGGAGAAGCACAUCAAGCAACACUUUGAACAGGCUUAUGAAAACUGUUGUGUGCUCGAGGCUCGUAUUUGUUACGAUGUGGCCAAGCUGAUGUCGCUCAACUCAGAAAGGAAGAAGACUGAACGUAGCAUGAAGUUCUUUAAAGACCUACAGUCCAAGGAGCACAUCCCCACCAUGAUCAACCCCAAACCAUGUGGACAUCUCUGUUGCUGUAUCAUCAAGGGCUGUGAACAGGAGGAGGCGGUGAGUUACUACACAAAGCUGGAGUCCAAGCUGAAGGAGGAGUACAGGAAGGAGAAAGAGAAGGUCAACAGUAAACCGCUAGGAAUGGCCUUCGUUACCUUCCAGAACGAAGCCAUGACCGCCAUUAUCCUGAAGGACUACAAUGCCUGUAACUGUCAGGGCUGCCACUGCCAGAGGGAACCCAGGUCUUCUUCCUUCAGCCAGCACCUUCACACCUAUUCCUGGACGGUCGGCUACGCACCAGACCCACAGAACGUCUACUGGGAGCAUCUGUCAGUAGGAGGGUUCCCCUGGUGGCUGAGAUGCUUCAUCAUCAACUGUAUCCUCUUCCUCCUCCUCUUCUUCCUCACAACCCCCGCCAUCAUCAUCUCCACCAUGGACAAGUUCAACGUCACCAAGCCUGUCGAGUACCUCAACAACCCCAUUGUGACCCAGUUCUUCCCCACCUUGCUGCUGUGGGCCUUUUCCGCCCUGCUACCCACCAUCGUGUACUACUCUGCCUUCUUCGAGGCCCACUGGACACGGUCUGGAGAGAACAGGACCACCAUGCAUAAAUGUUACACCUUCCUCAUCUUUAUGGUCUUACUGCUGCCCUCUCUAGGACUCAGCAGUCUGGAUGUUUUCUUCCGAUGGCUGUUUGACAAGCGUUUCCUGGCUGACGCUGCCGUGAGGUUUGAGUGUGUGUUCCUGCCUGACAACGGGGCGUUCUUUGUGAACUAUGUCAUCGCGUCGGCGUUCAUCGGUAACGCCAUGGAUCUGCUGAGGAUCCCUGGUCUGCUCAUGUAUAUGACCCGGCUGUGUCUGGCUCGCUCUGCUGCCGAGAGACGCAACGUCAAGAGGCACCAGGCGUAUGAGUUCCAGUUCGGGGCGGCCUAUGCCUGGAUGAUGUGUGUCUUCACUGUGGUCAUGACAUACAGCAUCACCUGUCCAAUCAUCGUCCCCUUCGGUCUGAUGUACAUGCUGUUGAAGCACCUGGCAGAUCGCUACAACAUGUACUAUGCCUACCUUCCCUCCAAGCUGGACAAGAAGAUCCACUCUGGGGCCGUCAACCAGGUGGUGGCAGCACCUAUCCUCUGUCUCUUCUGGCUCCUGUUCUUCUCCACUCUCCGCACAGGUUUCUCAGCCCCUACCUCUAUGUUUACCUUCAUCGUCCUGAUCAUCACCAUCAUCGUCUGCUUGUCCCAUGUCUGUUUCGGACACUUCAAAUAUCUCAGCGCUCACAACUACAAGAUUGACGCGGAGAAUGUGGAUGGGGUGGAGAACGGUCGUCCAGCACGCACUUCUCCCUUCAAUAAGUCAGCACAGAUGUACAUUGCCUCAGUCCUCCAGGACCCCAGUUUAGACGAGCUGGGUUCGGCUGGCAGCGGGGUCAGCGAGGGUUCGCAGGACGAGGAGAUCAUCCAAGUGGGGAACAGCCUCAAUGAGGCCGACUUCCAGAGCGGCGAGGACAGUCUCCUCGCUAACGAGGUGCGGCACUGACGUCAGGAGACGCCGGAGACGGUUGUCAGGGUGGAGACGGAGGACGGGGAGAGAGGAGCAGAGACUGAGAUGGCAGAAACUGAAGUUUAAUUUCACCGACUGGAUGGAUGCACUGACCUAGUGAAUUAAGCUAACAGUGCUGAAACGGACAGACAAAAGACACGGAUAGACCACUAACCUUAAAGUCCUGAACAGGCUAUUACAUUAUCUACACACACACACACACAUAGCGAGAGAGAGAAUGUGUCUACUAAAGGACUGGUAACUCUCCCUUCCAACUAUUGAUCUAGCGCUGACUGUGAAGGAGGGAUCUUUCCUUCCCAUAAUCCUUUGCCUGUUCUGCCUGCACCCCUAAUCGUCUCUGUGCCCUAGAGGCUUCGUCACAAUAAGCAGCCUAAUAUGAGAAGAUGAAGAUGAAGAAGAGGAGGAGGAGAAAUGUCUGUCAGCAUCACACACACACACUGUUCGCCUGCUCCGGUCCCCCCCCCCUACUCUGUCCCGACGGUCUCCGGGCGUCUCUGGAUGGUUCCAAAGGAAAAAAGAAAAAAAAGGAAUGUGGUCACCGUGACGACACCAUGACGACGGCCACUGUAACAAACUGAACUAAACACUCCUCUGCUUUCCUUUUUUUUUGUUCAGCAACAAAAACUCUGGAUUUGUAAAAUGUAAAAUAGCCUUUUUUUGGGGGGGGAAAUGGUAUUUAUUUUUAGGCAUGGUUAUUUUUAAGUUGGUCUGAAAACUUUAAUAAUCAAUUAACUACUUGUUUCGACAUUUAAAACAAAGAAGCAACUGUGGAUGGAUGGAUCAUGGAAUGUGGAUACUGUAACAACAAGGUCACUCUGUCUUCUGGCCUGUUCUGCCCUGAGCGACUGUAGUGGGACUGCGGCUCCAGACUGAGCCCUAAUGGAGCCGCCCUGACAUAACUGAAGGCAGAAGGCAGCCCAGAGCCCCUAGUGGACAGGAGGAUGCCCCAGGAAGCAGAUGUGACGUGGAUAUGACAGCCCAAACCUCUACCCUGUUUUGUGUCCCACAACUUUGGUUCCCAAAAUUGUCCCAGAGUUCGCAGGUUUUUCAAUAGGCUGGUUAGAAGUUUAUUGGAAUGAGGGAUUUCUGGGAAAAACCUAGGAACUUUGGGAAAUAUUCUGUAAUUGUGCAGCCUCAGCCUCCUAUCGCGGCUAGGACUCUGUGGGACCGUGUUCUUCGGUAGAGGGAGAGCUUGACCCUUGAACUCUUGGUCUGUGACCUGUAGUUUCCCCCAGGCCUCUCCUCCCUGUUACUAUGGACGCGUUCAGCAGGGGGCGUGCACAACGCUGUUGAACCUUCUUAACAUUUCUAUCUACAACGUUCCACAACGUUUGCCUCCUGAAUGUGACCCUGACCCCUGCUCUGACUGGCCAGUCUCUGUGACCUGACCCCUGCUCUGACUGGCCUGUCUCUGUGACCCUGACCUGUCUCUGUGACCCUGGCCUGUCUCUGACCCUGGCCCCUGCUCUGACUGGCCUGUCUCUGUGACUCUGACCUGUCUCUGUGACCCUGGCCUGUCUCUAACCCUGGCCCCUGCUCUGACUGGCCCGUCUCUGUGACCCUGACCUGUCUCUGUGACCCUGACCUGUCUCUGUGACCCUGACCUGUCUCUGUGACCCUGGCCUGUCUCUGACCCUGGCCCCUGCUCUGACUGGCCCAUCUCUGUGACCCUGGCCCCCUGCUCUGACUGACCCGUCUCUGUGAUCCUGGCCUGUCUCUGUGACCCUGACCUGUCUCUGUGACCCUGGCCUGUCUCUGAACCUGGCCCCUGCUCUGACUGGCCCAUCUCUGUGACCCUGGCCCCCUGCUCUGACUGACCCGUCUCUGUGACCCUGGCCUGUCUCUGACCCUGCCCCCUGCUCUGACUGACCCGUCUCUGUGACCCUGGCCUGUCUCUGUGACCCUGGCCCCUGCUCUGACUGGCCCGUCUCUGUGAUCCUGGCCCGUCUCUGUGACCCUGCCCCCUGCUCUGACUGGCCUGUCUCUGUGACCCUGGCCCCCUGCUCUGACUGCCCCCUGCUCUGACUGGCCUGUCUCUGACCCUGGCCCGUCUCUGUGACCCUGCCCCCUGCACUGACUGGCCCGUCGCUGUGAUCCUGGCCCGUCUCUGUGACCCUGCCCCCUGCUCUGACUGGCCUGUCUCUGUGACCCUGGCCCCCUGCUCUGACUGCCCCCUGCUCUGACUGGCCUGUCUCUGUGACCCUGGCCCCCUGCUCUGACUGCCCCCUGAUCUGACUGGCCUGUCGCUGUGACCCUGGCCCCCUGCUCUGACUGCCCCCUGAUCUGACUGGCCUGUCGCUGUGACCCUGGCCCGUCUCUGUGACCCUGCCCCCUGCACUGACUGGCCUGUCUCUGUGACCCUGGCCCCCUGCUCUGACUGCCCCCUGCUCUGACUGGCCUGUCUCUGUGACCCUGGCCCGUCUCUGUGACCCUGCCCCCUGCUCUGACUGCCCCCUGAUCUGACUGGCCUGUUGCUGUGACCCUGGCCCGUCUCUGUGACCCUGACCCCUGCUCUGACUGCCCCCUGCUCUGACUGGCCUGUCUCUGACCCUGGCCCGUCUCUGUGACCCUGCCCCCUGCACUGACUGGCCUGUCUCUGUGACCCUGGCCCCCUGCUCUGACUGCCCCCUGCUCUGACUGGCCUGUCUCUGUGACCCUGGCCCGUCUCUGUGACCCUGACCCCUGCUCUGACUGCCCCCUGCUCUGACUGGCCUGUCUCUGACCCUGACCCCUGCUCUGACUGGCCCGUCUCUUUGACCCUGACCCCUGCUCUGACUGCCCCGUCUCUGACCCUGACCCCUGCUCUGACUGGCCCCUGCUCUGACUGGCCCGUCUCUGACCCUGGCCCGUCUCUGACCCUGACCCCUGCUCUGACUGGCCCCUGCUCUGACUGGCCCGUCUCUGACCCUGGCCCUUCUCUGUGACCCUGACCCCUGCUCUGACUAGCCCGUCUCUGUGACCCUGGCCAGUCUCUGUGACCCAGACCCCUGCUCUGACUGGCCCCAUCUCUGUGACCCUGACCCCUGCUCUGACUGGCCUGUCUCUGUGACCCUGGCCCGUCUCUGUGACCCUGACCCCUGCUCUGACUGGCCCCGUCUCUGUGACCCUGACCCCUGCUCUGACUGGCCCCGUCUCUGUGACCCUGGCCCGUCUCUGUGUUCUAGCUCCUCUAGUGACUCUCAUCUCAAGAUAAGCCUCUUUAUGUUGGUGUUCACAUCACUGUACAGAAGGUUGUUUCACUGUCUUGUUAGUUGGUUUGAACAUUUUUAUUUUAUUUAAGAAAAAUAAUAAUAAUCUUUGUAGGAUGUAGGAAGGUUUUCUCCUUUCUGCCAACUCUGUAACCUGUGUCCCGUUUUAGAUGGCUUCAGGGUAGCCUAGUGGUUAGAGCGUUGGACUAGUAACCGGAAGGUUGCAAGUUCAAAUCCCUGAGCUGACAAGGUACAAAUCUGUCGUUCUGCCCCUGAACAAGGCAGUUAACCCACUGUUCCUAGGCCGUCAUUGAAAAUAAGAAUUUGUUCUUAACUGACUUGCCUAGUUAAAUAAAGGUAAAAUAAAUAAAAAUAAAGAUGGGUUUAGGGAUUAUCUUCAAUAACGACGUGAAUAUUGAGACUACCGUGAUGCUGCAUCAUGUAGAGGUGUAUAUUGUAAACAGUGUAGAUGAUUUAUGGAGCAUUGUUACAAACGACAACAGUGUCCCAACUGCCACCUGGAGUGCUGUUGAACCUCGUGGGUUACUAUGGUGACGUGUACAGAAAUCACGGCUCAGUCAGGACGGAACAGACCGACUGCGCCAAACGUCUGGGUCCCACGUGGAGUCCUAUUCCCUAUUUAGUGCGCUACUUUUGGGCGGGGCCCAUAGGGCUCAGUACUGUAAUAGGGAGGACGUGUAAAAAAGAGUCUUAAUUACUGUAAGACUUGAUCAAUGUUUUUAUUGAUAUUUUUAGGCGUAUUGUGGUUGAACAGAAUACUAGCAAUUACUACGGAAUCUGGUAAAAUCUACAUGGAUGAUACCAAAUCCAUAAUUUAUUUUUAUUUUUUAUUCUCUUUACUUCAAGUUGUUCUGCAAUAAUCAUGAUGUCAUGUUGCUCUCUUCAACUUGUUACAAUAUUCCACUGAUAGAACCAAUGACCAGCUUAGUUUUCUUCCAAAGUGAGGCAGAACAGAUUUUUCAUAGCCUGGUUUAACCUUCAGGGAUCUACUACAAAACAGGAUCAAUUUAGUUAGCCAGCUAACUUUGAUAAACAAGAGAUAACUAUUGAUUGUCUCGUUCAUAAAGAAAGCUUACCGUUCGAUGUGUAUUUUUGUUGAGUCAUCUCGACCGUGCCCAUUCAGUUAGCUGGCUAAAUCAUUGAUCCUGCUUUGUAGUGUACAUCUCAGAGCAGGUUUAGCCGAGCUAUGUGCUAUAUACUGUUAGAUAGAAACAAUUAACUUGUGUAUAAAACUCCUUGGUUCCACAUUGUGGAUAUACAAAAAAUAAACAUGAACAAAUA